AUGGAAAAGCUUAUUGCACUGGGCAAAGAGUUUGGCUUUGAAGGCAAAGAGCUAUUGGCUUUUGUGAAAGAACAACAAGACGAAGACAAACGGCGAGUCGAUGAAGAGAGAGAGGAGAGACAGCGAGAACGUGAGAGCAAAAAGUUAGAGGCUGAGGAAAGAGAACGUAUACGGCUACGAGAACUGGACGAAAAGGAAAAGGAACGAGAAAUGGGAGAAAGAGAAAAAGAAGCUCAGAGGAGACACGAACUAGCAAUGAAAGAACUGGAGCGAAUGUCGAGGUAAAUAGUGCUAGUAUUAAAUCGGCUGCUAAGUUACCUAAACUACCAACGUUUGUCGAUGGUAAAGAUGACUUGGACAGUUAUCUGCAAAGAUUCGAACGGUUCGCUAAGAACAAUAAUUGGGACCAAUCAACAUGGUCGACUUCGCUUAGUGCAUUGCUUACUGGUAGAGCUUUAGAUGUUUAUUCCAGACUAUCAGAGACAGCCGCAGUUGAUUACAAGCAGCUGAAAGAAGCCCUUUUGAAAAGGUAUGAACUUACUGAAAGCGGUUUUAGGAUGAGAUUCAGGGAGGGAAAGCCAGAGGAUGGGGAAAGCCCAGAACAGUUUGUGACGAGAUUAAAUAGAUAUCUCACCAGGUGGGUUGAGUUGUCUAAAACUGAGAAGACCUACGAAGGAAUUCGUGAUUUGUUCAUCAAAGAGCAGUUUAUACAUUCCUGUCCAGAAGAUCUAGCAAUUUAUUUAAGAGAGAGGAACCUUGAGAAUUUGGAGGAACUGACUAAAACAGCUGAGCAAUUUCUUGUUGCUCACGAGAAAAAACUAUCCAGUUCGUCAAAACCUCACAACAAAUCGAAGGUGUUGUCGAAGGGAAUGAGUUCGCCUGGUAGCA